CUGCUUCGGGGCGGCCCGGAGGGGAGGCCUCAGCGUGGCGGCGGCGGCUCCAUGGAGGGCUUGAGUCUGGAACCUGCAAAAGCAAUCAAACCUAUAGAUCGCAAGUCAGUACAUCAGAUCUGUUCUGGACAAGUAGUACUCAAUCUAGGCACUGCUGUGAAGGAGUUGGUGGAAAAUAGUGUGGAUGCUGGAGCCACUAAUAUUGAUCUAAAGCUUAAAGAGUAUGGUGCUGAUCUCAUAGAAGUUUCAGACAAUGGUUGUGGAGUAGAAGAAGAAAAUUUUGCGGGCUUGACCCUGAAACAUUACACUUCCAAGAUACAAGAUUUCUCUGAUCUAACUCACGUGGAAACAUUUGGCUUUCGAGGUGAAGCGUUAAGCUCACUGUGUGCGUUGAGUGAUGUGACUAUCAAUACUUGCCAUAAAUCCGCAAAGGUUGGAACUCGAUUGGUGUUUGAUCACAAUGGGACAAUUACUCAAAAAGUACCAUUUCCACGACAACAAGGGACAACCGUUAUCGUUCAGCAGUUAUUUUAUACCCUACCAGUACGACACAAAGAAUUUCAAAGGAAUAUUAAAAAGGAAUUUGCUAAAAUGGUGCAGGUAUUACAAGCAUACUGUAUCAUUUCAGCAGGCAUUCGAAUAAACUGCACGAACCAAGUAGGGCAAGGUAAACGACAACCUGUUGUGUGCACAAAUGGAAACUCCACUGUAAAAGAAAAUAUUGGAGCAGUGUUUGGGCAAAAACAGUUGCAAAGCCUCAUUUCGUUUGUUCAGCUGCCGCCUAGUGAAUCUGUUUGUGAAGAGUAUGGUCUUAAGUUCAGUGAUGCUCCACAUAAUUUUUACACCAUUACAGGCUUUAUUUCACGUUGUGAUCAUGGUGUUGGGAGGAGUACAACAGAAAGACAGUUUUACUUUAUCAACCAGCGGCCAUGUGACCCAGCAAAGGUUUCCAGACUGGUGAAUGAAGUCUAUCACACGUAUAAUCGACACCAAUAUCCAUUUGUUGUUCUUAACAUUUCUGUUGAUUCUGAAUGUGUUGACAUCAAUGUAACACCAGAUAAAAGGCAAAUAUUACUUCAGAAAGAGAAGCUUUUGCUGGCUGUGUUAAAGACUUCCCUAUUAGGAAUGUUUGACAGUGAUGUUAACAAACUUAAUAUCAAUCAGAAGCUAUUGCUGGAUGUUGGAGUUUCUUUAAAACCACGUUCAGCAGAGAUGGGAACUCCCGCAUUGGAGGAAUGGUCUCCGAGGACUAAAGGAGAAGAAAAAAGAGCAAUGACAAUUGCCAAGCUACGAGAGGCAUUCUCUCUCCAGCAGAAAACAGAAAGCAGCACUAAAAGUCAGACAUCUCCUAAACUGCAGCAGAAGCCUCAAGGACAGAGAAAGCUGUCAUUUUCAAGUACUUCAGAUACCCUAAACUCUCAAAAAUAUGCUUCUCAAAAAGAGCCUGGUGAGCAGGAUGUCAUAAGAGAGUCAACUUCGGACAAGCUUAGUAGCCCAGAUGGAAGGAAACUAGAAAGUGAUAGAGAUUCUGGACAUGGUGGAACCCCAGGAGAAUUAGAGGGAGGGGUCAGCACUCCAGAAAUGAGUAGCAAUUUUAGCAGUGAAUGUAUUACGAGCUCCCCAGAACAAGAAGAAGAUGACUCUUCAAAAAGCCAUCCCCGCAAUUGUCUUGAAACUAUUGGGGUUUGUGAGAAGUCAUCAGAAACUCUCCUCCCACUUUCAGAGGUGGAAAGUCAUUUGGACCAAAUGGGAACUGAACAAGCAUUCAGAGAUGUAGCUCAGCGAAACCGUAAUCUAACCCCAAAUGUGAAGAGGGCUAAAAGUGAAAAGAAGGUGGCUUUAAGUUCAGAGGUUCCUUCAAAGUUCACUAGUGAUCAGAACAACACAUUGUCAUCUCAAGUCGAUGUAGCUAUUAAAGUUAAUAAGAAAAUGGUGCCCGUUGAGUUCUCUAUGAAUGCUUUGGCCAAGCGAAUAAAACGGCUUCACCGGGAGGAAAAAAACAGAGCAAGAGCACAGAAUUAUAGAAGAUUUAGGGCAAAAAUUAGCCCAGGAGAAAACCAAGCAGCGGAAGAUGAAUUAAGGAAAGAGAUAAGUAAAGAGAUGUUCACACAGAUGGAAAUCAUUGGCCAAUUUAAUUUGGGAUUUAUAAUCACAAAACUGAAUGCCGAUCUCUUCAUAAUUGAUCAACAUGCCACAGAUGAGAAGUACAACUUUGAGAUGCUACAACUGCACUCUGUUCCGCAGGGUCAAAGACUUAUAGUGCCUCAAAAUCUCAAUUUAACUGCCGUAAAUGAAGCCAUACUAAUUGAAAAUCUGGAAAUAUUCAAAAAGAAUGGGUUUGAUUUUAUUAUUGAUGAAAAAGCUCCUGUCACAGAAAGAGUUAAAUUGAUUUCCUUACCAACCAGUAAAAACUGGACAUUCGGACCACAGGACAUAGACGAGAUGAUUUUCAUGUUAAGUGAUUGUCCUGGAGUCAUGUGUCGGCCCUCUCGAGUUAGGCAAAUGUUUGCCUCAAGGGCAUGUAGAAAGUCUGUAAUGAUCGGGACUGCACUUAAUACAAUUGAAAUGAAGAAACUGAUCACUCACAUGAGUGAAAUUGAACAUCCUUGGAACUGUCCCCAUGGAAGGCCAACCAUGAGGCACAUAGCCAGUUUAGACAUGAUUUCUCAAGACUGAUAAAAUUCAUGUGUGUAAAAACAUUAUUAAAAUAAUUUCUGAUUUUGUAGACUUCAAUAUUUUAUUGUAUUUUAAAAUAGUUUUAGUAAUCGUUUAGUUGCUAUAAUGUCAAUAUAUUACAAAGUUGGUUUUUGUACAGAUUCAAAAAGGACUUGAUAGUCUUAUAUAUAAUUUUAACUAGGUGUACUUUUAAGUUUAUUUGUGGUAUAUUUUGUCAGGAUUUUAUUUUAAAUAAAAAGAUGUUUUGGAAGUUA